CCACCCAAUUUUUAUUCAUCACACUCCCUGGGAUUGUGGGGAGGGCUAAAACAUAAUGGCAAAAGCAUUGUGUGCGAUUUCGCUGGUCGAAACAUGGUUGUGCUGUUGUGUAGUAAAGUGUUAGGCUAAACAAUUUUAUUUCCAUAACUUUUCAACGCCGGCUUCAGAUCGAUCUAGCCUGAAAAAUAUAUCUUAUCACAUUUUUUGAAUCAUCAAAAUUAUGUCAAAAUAGAUGUCGAUAGAGAUGAUACAGAGAUGGUCGCAUAAAAUUGAUAGACCCUACAACUAAAUAAAAAGAAAAUAUUAAAGUAUAAGUUUUAAGUUAUGAUUUGGAUUAUCAACAUUAUUCUUGGUUUCAAGAUGUGUAAAGUGAUUCCUCAGUUUUAACUGGCACAAAAAAUGUGCAGAUGGUAUGCCAGGAUCUUGUCCCACUACCCCUAUGUCAUUUUGCUUGUCGUGUUUGUGGUUGUGGCAACAUGUCUGGUUGUUACUGUCACGUGUGGCCAGGCUAUCAACUUUGAUGACCCAUUGGCAGGUUUUGAACCAAGAGGUACUGAGUUAGCUGACCGUCUGAUAACAUUUCACAAUUUAAUAAAUAAUGUUGGCGGCAAAGCUAAUCUGCUUCCUUCUGGUUUUCAACUUGGACCUGAAAAGAAAGGUCGAAAAAAAGGAAAAAGCUCUAAGAAAAGUUCAACAAAAAGCCCCCAGUUGUUGAUUGAUGAUUUCAGAAGAAGGAGAUCUGACAUAGUUGAUGAGGGAUUCUUAGAAAAUGUAACAACAGUAGAAAAAAAUAUUUUUUGUGGUGUUCCUGAAAAAACGUAUGCAAGGAUCGUUGUGACAUCAGCUGAUAAUCAAAAUUUGUUUAAUGAGGAUGAUCUCAGGAGCAUUUGCCAGCUGGAACAUUCCUACUUCAGGCAGUCAAAAGAUUACAAAGACGUUUGUCUCCGCAAUGAAGCGGAUGGUUCUUGUUGUAGAGCCUGGUCACUGGGCAGUUACAUAGCGGUCCUGGUGGACAAACCCUCCUGUGAUAACAUUACGUCUGACGAUGUUUCAAGCAUUUAUAAUCUUCUUGUCAAAUGUUCACCAUAUUAUGUAAACCAUUCCUUGCGCCCCAACUGUGAUGGUGAUGGAGAGGAGUGGUAUUAUAGCUCAUCAGAGUACAGCUAUGGUCACUGUUCUAAAGUGCCAGCAGAGUGUACCAAAUUCAAUGCUGCCUACCACAUCUUGAACUAUCUGACGGAUUCAAAUUUUUUAUAUUCUGGAAAAUCUUCAGAUCCUUUGACGACAACAGAAAAAUCAACAAAAUUCUUAAAAUAUUCCACCCUUUUUUUACCAGUGUAUGCUGGACCAAACUCUGAGAAGAUUUUUCAACAUUUGGAUAACUUACCUCGCAACUUUCAAGGUAUCACAGUAGUGGGUGCUGAAUUCGGUCUGAAGUAUUUCCUGUUUGAGAAAUAUCUAAUCUCUGAUUCAGUCUGGUUGGGCGUGGUGUGCGGGGCCAUAUUUCUAGCCAUGUGGGUGUAUACGACAUCCCUAUUUAUCACUGUGAUGGCCUUUCUAUCUAUGUUCUGGGCUGUGGAGGUUGCUUAUUUUCUCUACUCAUUUGUUUUUAAAAUCAAAUUCUUCCCAUACAUGAAUAUGGUGACAUUUAUGGUGAUGGUUGGCAUUGGAGCAGAUGAUUUGUUUAUAUACUGCAAGGUUUGGCACUUAGCUAAAUCAGAAAAAAACAAUGGAGUUCUGGAAAAACUAGUUGCUGAUACACUGCGUCACACAGUCCUGUCCAUGCUUGUGACCAGCCUGACCACAGCUGCAGCAUUCUAUGCCAACUACAUCAGCGACAUCACAGCUAUACGCUGCUUCAGUGUGUACGCAGGAACAUGCAUCAUGAUCAAUUUUAUCCUAACCAUUACGUGGCUGCCCGCCUCCAUCAUGCUACAGGAGAGAUGGCUGCGCUGCUGUGUUGGUCUGACAGAGAAAAACUGUCUUCUCUGUUACGUCUGUAAGGUCCCAUACCAACUUUAUUACAUCUUGUGUGAUUGGUCACGGAUAUUUUUUGAAAAACUCUUGCCGUGCCUUGUUAUCAAAUUUCGGUAUGUGUGGAUAGUUAUAUUUGGUGGAUUAUGGAUAGGUAGCAUUGUUGUAAUUUUUUUUUACCCACGUUUAAAAUUAGCAAAUAACCACAAAUUUCAAGUAUUUUCAUCGGACCAUUUGUUGGAGCGUUAUGAUUUUGAAUUAGCUGAUUUGUUUGAAUUUGAAAAGAGGAAAGACGCUGAUGACUAUGAAUUUCCUAUCACUGUAGUCUGGGGGGUACUGGCCAAAGAUAAUGGAGAUCCGCUCGACCCAGAUAACAAAGGUACACUCACCUUUGACCCAGGUUUUGACCUAGCCUCAUCUAAUGCUCAGCGUUGGAUUUUAGAGUUCUGUUCCAGGCUGCGAAGGACAGACUUCUACCAGCAGACGCCAGGGUUGUAUGUCCCUGACUGCCCCCUGGAGAACUUUGUUUACAACUGGAUGACCCUGCCAUGUGAUAGCUCUAGCAAUGAAUGCUGCAACCAAACAGUUUUUCCAUUUCACAGGUCCAAAAUGUUGACUUGCUUACCAAUCUACAUUCAUUACUUGAACCUGACCCCAGGGGUCUCUUACAACAAUCAGUCCCCGGGGCCCAGGUUCAACAAUGGUAAGAUAAGUGCAUUCUUUAUUCAGUUCCGCAGCAACCACACCUUCAGCUAUGCAUAUGAGGAAGUACACUCUUUUUACAUGAAAGUUAACCAGUGGGUCAAUGAAGAAUUACUUCGAGCUCCAGUGGAAAUGCGGAGGGGCUGGUUUGUCAGCAACCUACAGUUUUAUGAUCUUCACUCGUCUUUAGCUUUGGGGACUCCACUGGCCUUAGGAGUUUCCUUAUCGGUUGUGGCAUUGGUUUCUUUUUUUACAACCUUAAAUGUGCUCAUCAGCAUCUAUGCACUGACAACAGUAGCAGCCACCAUAUGCGUAACCUUGGCCUCCCUGGUGCUGAUGGACUGGGAGCUGGAUGUCCUGGAGUCAGUGGUCAUCACAGUGGCUGUUGGACUGGCCAUUGACCUGACCCUACACUACGGGGUUGCUUUCAGGCUGGCUCCGGACGUGGGACGUGAAAUGAGGGUUAUUACCUCUUUAGGACGCAUGGGCAGCCCGGUUGCUAUGGCAGCCUUCACAACCAUCCUAGCCGGCUCUCUCAUGAUGCCAUCAACCGUGCUGGCCUACAAAAAAUUUGGAACCUUUUUGUUACUUCUUGUCUCUAUAGCCUGGCUGUAUUCCACGUUUUUCUUUCAAGCUCUUUUAAGAAUUAUGGGACCCAAUGGAGGAUGUGGUCAGUUUCACUGGCCAGCUAGUGAUUGCUGCACUCCUGACUCUGAACAUGUGGACAAAACAAUUUAUGCCCUCUCAGAGUCUACACUGUCGUCAUCCAGCACGAGCACACGUGAACACAAUCAUGCCCACAAUCACUCCUACACACACGAACUGGAGCCUCUGACUUACAGGGAACACAGCCCCAGACAGAUGUACUACCAACACUCAGCCCAUCUUCACAGCUGUCCUGACACACACCGCCAUCAGCGCUUAAACCCAGCUUGCAAUCACCACAACCUGCAGCGGACACGCAGAAAGGGAGACUACACUGCUGUCAGAACUAACCUCAAUAGUUCUGAUGUUCUCUCUGACACACAAACAAAGCAGGACAGUCUAGUUGUCUGCCCUAGUCCCAAGCCAAGCCAUGACUCACUGAGUGAGAAUGUCCUGAACGUCCCUUCAGAAUCUCCAGCGUCCACUCACUCCAACCAUGACAUCUCAUCCGAUACAUCAGAGUAUGACAACAAACUACAAGGCAGCAACAGUGAUGUUUUCCUCAGUGAUGCCACAACAACAGAGUUAUUUCCCCACUCUAUUCCACUGCAUGUAGCUUGAGCUAUUAAGAAUAGUUAAAUUACUAUUAGAUUUUUCUUAACAAAAAUUUACAUUUAUGUGCAGUCAGUGAGAAUGUUAUAUUACUUUUAGAUUUGAAUUUACUAAAGUAUUAGCAUUUUAAACACGAAUGUAAAUAUUUAUAUUUUGAUCUUAAGUCCUAACCAGAUCAUCACACACCAAAUUUUUACUGGUUUUUCUUUUUUAGUUACUGUUUUUUUUUUAUUAUGAGAAAAUCAGUUUUUUUAUCUUGUUUAUACCAUCAUAAUAAAUAGCAGUUAGAUAAUAAACCUAAAGGCUUGGCUGUCCUAAAUCUACCUACCUCGUAAGCUCUGACCUAGAGACUCAAUUGUAAUGAUUAAAUGUGCUUGCUUGUUUAUUUGCUUGAAUAGAUUAGAAAUGAAAACUAUCUUCACAACUGGGUCCACCAGCCCAUCUUUUAAGUUUAAUUUGUUGCUAUACAUUUUCUUGGACAUCCAUAGUUUAUAUUCACGUUCUCCAUUUUAAAUUGUACCUCUGAAUUUAUUUGUACACAUUUUUAAAAUGUACUCCUGAUAUUACUUGUACACAAAUAAAAUUAAAAUGUACUUGUGACAUAACUAGUACACAUAUAUUAAGUUAAUAUCUCUCCAGGUGCUAGUUAGGAUCUUUAUUCUCUCUUUUUCUCUCUCCCACCCCCACCAAUAUGAUAUUCUAACUUACUGCUGAUCAGAAUGCUGAAACAUCUGAAUAAAAUUGAGUUAGGAACUAUGUUUUCAUUUUCUCCUUUUUAAAUAUGAUGUACCGUAUUUUAAGUCCAUUCCUAAACCAUUUGAAUGUUAACAACUUUGAAACUAUACAUCGCCUAUUACUAUUAACAACAGAUUCAGUUAUUUUCUUUUAUUUUUAUAAUCACAUACGUUUGUAAACUAAAGUAUAUACAUCACAAUAUUAGUUUCAUUUUAAAGCUGUUAAAAUUUACCAUAACAGUUAAGGGGAAGUAAUUUCGUUCUUUGUUGCAGCAAUAGGUUUGUGUUAGAUUUACAAAUAUUUUUCUUUAAAUGUGAUUCUCUAUUGAAUGUCUUCCUUAUCAAAAUGGCAGAAUUUAAAUAAUUGAAAGUGUUCAUUGAUUUAGCUACAGCUAAAUUCUGAACAUAAUUUUUUUUAUCUAUUGUUCACAUUUAAAAUUGAUUUCAUGUUUUCUGACUGCUGUUAGCAUAUAACACCCAACACCCCAUCUUUGUGUUUAAAUUCUUCCCAUAAAGUAGUUGAGUAUUGUUAUGGUUUAUUUUGUAACAGUAUACAUGUGCAUUCUAUCUAAUGUUAUGAACACAAGACUAAUCAACAGCUUUGUAAGAGAAAAAGUAAUCCAUUGAUUUUGUCCACAUAUAACUAGAGGGU